CAUGCACCAUUAUGCCGCGAUACCAGCCCAGCAUGCACCAUUAUGCCGCGAUACCAGCCCAGCAUGCACCAUUAUGCCGCGAUACCAGCCCAGCACGCAUCAUUAUGCUGCGAUACCAGCCCAGCACGCAUCAUUAUGCCGCGAUACCAGCCCAGCACGCACCAUUAUGCCGCGAUACCAGCCCAGCACGCACCAUUAUGCCGCAAUACCAGCCCAGCACGUAUCAUUAUGCCGCGAUACCAGCCCAGCACGCACCAUUAUGCCACGAUACCAGCCCAGCACGCACCAUUAUACCGCGAUAGCAGCCCAGCAAGCACCAUUAUACCGCGAUAG